AUGCCGCACUGAGACGCCGGCGCCGGUUCAGUUGUGCUCAGUGUUCUAUCGUUUGAUAACCGACCACGGAGAUGCCCCUGUAAUUAAUUCAUCUUCAUUGGUUCGUGCACACUACUUAAUUUAUAUAAAAAAGGAACAAAAUAGUGUCAAAACCUUUUUCGUGGAUGUAAUAAAUGGGAAACUUUAGAAAUGCAAGAAGAUAAAGUAGCAGUUGCAGCCUUUGAUAAGAGAUUUUUUACCAUCUACCGCAACAAAGAAGGGAAAACAACUCAUGAAUUUACGCCAUCGUUCAAAGAAAAUAGAGAAAAAUGUACAAAAAUAGAAAAUGCAAGAAAAGCAACGUGGUGGACUAACUCAGUACCUGUGAUUCAUAACUAUUUAAGUCUUAUUUUUAUAGGUCUAUUAACUUGGGGACUUUUAUGGUGCUCACUGGGCGACGAGUGGGGCUGGGAUGGCCAAUGGUUCAGGCUUGCAGUGGUUGCCAUCGCAGCAUGGGCGAGUGGCCAAGCUCUGCAAGCACUCACCACACUUCCACCAAUGUUAGCAGCUUUACUGACUGGUAUACUAGCGCGGAAUAUUGGCUUCCUAGAUAUGAACCAAUAUACAAAUGUAGACUCGUUUUUGAGAAAAAUAUACCCUGUUAUAAUUCUUGGGAAGGGGUCCCUAGGGUGGGACUUGCAGUUCAUGAAGAACAACUGGUGGAGACUCGCGACUCUUGGAACACUACCUUGGGUGGCAGAGGUAGUAGUGUUGGCUUUUAGUGUUCACUUCUACCUUGGCUUCCCUGUGAUUUGGGGUUUACUUCUGGGUACAGUUUACGCGUCAAUGUCUGGAGCCGUCGUGCUGCCUUCGGUGGCUCGCAUCAGCGCCGACGCAGACUGCACGCGCAACUGGGUGCAGCUAAUUGGAACAACAAGCGGCACCGACACUGCCCUCAGCGUGGGAGUCUACGGCAUCCUGCACAGCUACAUCUUUUACGAAACUGACGUCAUCUACAAAUAUGUGAAAGCAGGCCUAGGACUUUUUGCUGGCGUCGCUCUUGGAAUCAUUAUGGGCACCGUGGCCGGAAAGUUACCUUCAUCCCGUGACUUCUAUGUGACUGAGUUGAGAGUUAUCAUGGUGGUAGCGCUUGGCCUGCUCGCUAACAUGGUGACGUCAAUGUUCGGGUGGGGUGGCGUUGCGGGAGUAGCUGUGUUAGUUUGCAACGCUACUGCGGCCUCGUUCUGGGCGCAGGACGGUUGGACACUGAACAAAAAUCCAGCCGCAACCGCCUACCGUAUCAUGUGGUCUACGCUGGAGCCCAUGGUGUUCGCUUACUCGGGAACUUUCUUUGAGAUCAACAAAAACCUAGCGAAUGUGUUACUACCUGGCUUCGGCAUAUUAGCUGUGUGUUUGUUCGUCCGCCUGGCUGUGGCAUACCUCACGUGCUGGGACUUCACUUUUCGGGAGAAGAUAUUUAUCUGUUGUACGUGGAUGCCGAAAUCUAUUGUAGAGGCUGUGCUUUGUCCAGUGGCAUUGGAUACCAUUGCCGCAUUAGGGAAUCGAGGUAACACAAUGGAGAGACAGUGGGCUGAGAACAUAAUGCAGCUCCUGAUACAACUCAUAUUGAUCACUACGCCCAUAGGAUUCCUGCUCACCAACCACCUUGGACCCAUGCUGUUGAAAACCCGACAGAAAGACUGUGAAAUCAUAGAAAGGAGAUCUCAAAGAAAAAAUUCAAUACACCGAUCUCAAGAUGAAGAGAGAAUGUGAUUCGUCUUAAUGAAAUAUGUGAUAACUAGUCUAUUAAUUUGUUGAAAUUAAGUUUCUGUUAAGCUUAAAAAUUACGUAUAGGUACCAUGGCGCAAAUAUGUCUUUUCAGUCGCCAUUUUAUAUUUAUACAUUUUGACAAUGAAAUUCUUCAAAAGUCUGUUUUGUAUUUUAUCUUAAUUAAUAAAUAAUAUUCAUAGACUCUUUCUAACAAUGAAUAAAUAACGUUUAGUAAUCUUUCAGCACAAACCUUCAUAAUGGGAUCAAGGAUGAAGUAUAAAAUUACAAAAGAUAAUUCAAACCAAAGUUAUUGUAAGUUAUUUUUAAUAACCAUUUAACAAAAAAAGUUAAAAAGAAAUUGUAUGUCAAACCCAACAAGUAUUUUAAAAGAACACUGAAUAAGCAAAUAUAAGUCUCGAAAAACUUACCAGCUUUUUAUAUUCCCUUUUUUUUGAUAAAAUUCUAAUUUGUUUCUUAGGUUUUCACGCACAUCACUCAUGAAAUAAAAUUUUAACGGGUUAAUGCAUGAAACUUUAUUUAUUUAUUGACAUUCACUCGCAGCUCUUUCAAGUCUGCUUCGUCAGAAUUAUUCUGACGAAGCAGACCUGAAAGGGCUGCGCGCAUUAACCCCUUAAAACUAGUUUUAAUUAAAAUUCUGAUUGAUUUCGCUUCGCUUACCUACUUAUUCUUGCGAUAAUUUUCAAAAACCAUAUCAUAAUUUUAAGUACUAACUCUUAAUUAUAAUAACCGAGCAAUUAAACUAUGAUUAGCUUGUCACUUUCUUUAGAUACUACUAUAUUAUGUAUGUAAUUAUGUGGGUAAAGGCAGCAAAUAUGAAAGCGAACCUUUAUACUUUUUCGCUAUAAACAGACAAAACAUUUUAGCACAAUUAUUUGAUUUUAAAGUUUAUUAUUAUAUUCCUAAACUUACGAAAAAAGUUUUGUAGUGUUUCUAUUUUUGUAGGACAUUUCUUGUUUAACAUUAUUGG